CCGCCCGGGCCUGGCUCAAGGUGCGUGACCAGUACCCGGGCAAUAUGAUGGGCUCAAGCGUUGCGAUUGAUGGAGACACAAUUGCGGUUGGCGCACUGGGGCAGGAUAAUAUCAACUCGAACACAGAUAGCCACGGCGCUGUGCACGUCUUUGCCCGCGACGUUCCCGGUGAUCCAAACUCUGGGUGGACGCAGAUUGAGAAGCUCAGAGGCGAGCAUGAUUUGCCAAACGGCAAUUUGAACGGCCGUUCAAACGUCGCCUUGAAACUCGGUGCAUCUGUUGAUAUUUAUGGCGACGUCAUCAUCGCCGGUGGCGUCAUGCAAUCCGCCGACUUCGUCGGCGCCGCGUAUAUUUUCACCCGCGAUCAAUCCGGCGAGCCCUCAUCGACAUGGACGCAGCGCGACAGGAUAGUCACCGGCGAGGUGCAAGAAAACUUUGGUGCGCGCGGCGUUGUUGUGCACGGAGACCUCGCGAUGAUUGCGAGUGGUGGAGGCCGCGCCUACGGUGAUAAUCCCCCAAACAAGGUUCGCGUAUACAGGCUGCCUUGCCCGGAGCUUGACAUCACCGAUCCCAACACGUGCAGCUGCGAGGAGCUCAUGCUGCUAAACGGUUUCCAGAUUGCGGACGAGUCUUCCUCGCCUUCUUCGGGUUGCUACGGACCGGCGCCGACGUAUUUGCUGCCCCCUCCCCCGGCGGCGGCGCCCUCGAUGCGAUUCAUCGUCACCCACCCCUCGACAAGCGAUUCUGAAUGGUACGGCGACUGCGCGUGUAUCUGCAACAAACAGAAAUAUGGGGAUAUCAACGUCGAAGGCGACGUAAGCGGCAAGGGUAUUUCAUUUCAGGUGUGCACGGAACAGGGACCAGAAAAGUGCCGCGAACUGGCAUCGACGCACCAAGCUUUCGACAACUGCACCGACGCGGGCGGAAAACCACAAAACUUCACCACCGAUUGGGAUUACAACUCUAACUACACUGGGGGCAUCUGGUCACCGCCGCCGCCGCCCUUUACUGCUCCGCCGCCGACGACGACGAUGCCGCCGCCGACGACGACGAUGCCGCCGCCGACGACGACGAUGCCGCCGCCGAGCGGAAAUACCACAGCUCUCGGAGACUGCGAAUGCAUGUGCAACGAUGCCUCGUGGAGUCCUCAAACGUGGAUCAACAAGGUGGAUUGUCCGUCUGGGCAGGUCUGCCCAGCCAGUGAAGAUAUGUGCUCGAAUCAAAGUCUGAGUGAGUGUCAGGCGAUGAACAUGAACAACCAGUAUUGCUCGUCUGACGGAGUCGUGUCCACGGUGUGGACUUACGUGGAGGCGUAUGAUUCGAUGCCGCCGCCGACGACGACGAUGCCGCCGCCGAUGACGACGAUGCCGCCGCCGACGGCCUCCACUGCUCCGCCGCCGCCGCCCUCUACUGCUCCAGCCGGCGACGGUGGUCACUACGGAGGGUCCGAAUACGAUGGUCACUACGGAGGGUCCGAAUACGGCCCUUAGACGUUUGGCAGAUAGACAUGAUAGCUUCAGCGUAUUUUGUAGGGAUGUGUUUUUGUACAUUGAAGAGCUACGAUCC